AUGGUUGCUAUGGAGGCCAUGAAAUCCUGGCCAGGACAUCCAGUGGCUCCCAAAAAUAACGAGGAACAGACUUUAGCUAUGGAGAAUGAUGAAACAUCGCAGGAUGUUCUUUCAAGAGCCAGCAACCUACCUCUUGUUAGCUCCACUUAUGAAAUGGCAGCUUCCGUUUAUACCUCAACUAAAGACAACCACCCCUAUGUUAAAGUAGUCCUGGAUUUGGCAGAGAAGAGUGUGAAGCAUGUCUCUGAGAUGGCUAUGAGUAGCGCUCAACCUUUUCUGAGUAAGCUUGAGCCCCAAGUUUCAGCAGCUAGCCACUAUGCCUCCAAGGGUUUGGAUAAACUGGAAGAGAACCUGCCGUUCCUCCAUCAAACAGCUGACCAGGUUAUCUCUGAGACACAGGAACUGGUGUCCUCCAAAGUAGCGGAUGUAAAAGAAGCAGUAGCCAAAGUUGUACAAGAUGGCAAAGAGAUGAUCAUAGACACAAGAAUGAGUAAACUCGCCAUAAGUGGGGUAGAAGCAGUGCUAGAGAAAUCGGAAGAGUUGUUGGAUCACUAUCUACCAAUGACGGAGGAAGAACUUGCUAAAAUAGCACAAUCUACAUCAGAAGGGAUCGAGUUACCACCUGAAUCCCAAGGUUAUUUUGUGCAGCUUGGUUCCCUGUCAACUAAACUCCAGCAUCGGGCCUACAAGUAUGCUGUGGUGAAAAUGGAAGCUGCCAGGGAAAACAUCCAAAAUACAUUCAGCCAAUUACAUCAAGCCAUUGGGCAGAUAGAACAUACCAAGCAAGAUAUCCUUCAGAUAUCCCAGGAAGAAAAGGAAAAGCUCCAGCAGAUGGAAUCUCAUACCUUGGCCACGAGUUACCACAUCACUGAACAAUUGCAGAUGGCAUACAUGAACUUGAUGGGAAGCAUCCAAGGUCUGCCUGGUAUCUUUCAGCAGAAUAUUGAGUCGGCUCUCCAUAGCAUUGAGGAACUUCAAGCUACAUUGACUGGUGUUAAUUCUUUCAAAGAUCUUUCUAGCAGCCUUUUGAUUCAAAACAAGAAGACGGUCGGCAUGGCCCAGAAGUAUGUAGAUGAUAUCUUGGACUAUGUGCUGCAGAACACUCCAUUGUCCUGGCUUGUAGGACCCUUUGUUCCUGCACUCAAGAAUACCUCAGAUGACCCGGAGCCUGCAAAACCUAAUGAAAGGGAAGUGGAAACUCUAAAACCAGAAUCUCCCAAAGAAACUCAGUGA